AUGGGCGUAUACGGGCUACACGGAGUGUACGGUAUAGGCCUCGGGUGGAGGCGGCCGCCGACCAAUCAGCGCGCCGGCGAUUCCGACUUUCACGAAUUCGCAACAUCAACAUUUCAACAUCACAAGUCAACCCUCGCUCCCGUCAAGACCGCUCCCCUGGGUCUUUGCUCAAUUGCAAUCCUUUACCGCCUCUUCCUUGCCAUUGCGUCCCCCGCUAUGCGUCCUCUUACCGCUUCCUCUGCCUCUUCCCUUGUCCGGGUCUGCGCCCGGCAAAACCUUGCCCUCCCUCGCACACUUGCCGUCGCCGCAAACUCGCAGCAACUCCGAGCGAAAUCUACCGCAGAAACUACUACCACGUCUUCGUUUGAUAGCCCGUUUGGUAGCAGCAAGGAGAGUCCCUCCUCUCUGAAGAUUCCGAGCUUCAAGAAAUAUGUCAGCCCACGCGGAACCUCGACAAACAAAGUCUUUUCAUACUUCAUGGCUGGAAGUAUGGGUUUGAUUACCGCCGUCGGAGCAAAAGCAACUGUGCAGGAUUUCCUUGUGAAUAUGUCCGCCUCCGCCGACGUCCUCGCUCAAGCCAAAGUCGAAAUCGCUCUCAACGCAAUUCCCGAAGGAAAGAAUGUCAUUAUAAAAUGGCGAGGCAAGCCUGUUUUUAUUCGUCACAGAACCGCCAGUGAAAUUGCGGAAGCCGAGAACACAAGCUGGGAAGGCCUUAGGGAUCCUCAGCCGGACUCUGAUCGCGUUAAGAAACCCGAGUGGCUUGUCAUGUUGGGUGUCUGCACCCAUCUCGGUUGUGUCCCCAUCGGCGAAUCGGGUGAUUUUGGUGGUUGGUUCUGUCCAUGCCACGGUUCUCACUAUGAUAUCUCCGGCCGUAUUAGAAAAGGCCCCGCACCGCUCAAUCUAGAGGUACCCCAAUAUGACUUCCCUUCGGAAGAUACGCUCAUCAUCGGUUAA